AUGAGUAAUGUGGAGAUACCAGCUGGUUUGAAAGAGCUGCUGCAGGGAUACACUGUGGAGGUGCUUCGCCGCAGGCCGCCAAACUUGGUUGAAUUUGCAGUGCAGCAUUUUACACAAGUUCUGCAGGGCCAAAGAAACGACCAAAGAGCCAAGAAACACAGCGCCAAGCCUGCAUGUAAAGGAGUGACCUUUGAAACAAAGUCAAAUAAGCCCAAAAAGGAUGAUGAAGAGGAGGAGGAGGAAGACACUGUUAAGUCCACCACCAGUAAAUACAAUCGCAGAGUUUCAGUUUGUGCAGAGGCGUACAACCCUGAUGACGAUGAGGACGAUGACGCAGAGCCUCGAGUUGUGUAUCCCAAAACGGACGAGCAGCGUCGCAGACUUCAGGAUGCGUGCAAAGACAUUUUACUGUUUAAAACCCUGGAGCAGGAGCAGUUCUCUGAGGUUUUGGACGGCAUGUUUGAGGUGUUGGUCAAACCUCAGGAGCACAUCAUAGACCAAGGAGACGAUGGAGAUAAUUUCUAUGUCAUAGAGAGGGGUGUGUAUGAUAUUUUUGUGCAGAAGGAUGGAGUGAGUGUGUGCGUCGGAAAGUAUGACAAUAAGGGCAGUUUUGGUGAGCUGGCUCUCAUGUACAACACGCCGCGGGCUGCCACAAUCAUUGCAACACAGGAAGGAGCCCUGUGGGGCCUGGAUCGAGCCACAUUUCACAGACUAAUUGUUAGAAAUAAUGCAAAGAAGAGGAGGAUGUAUGAGGCCUUCAUUGAGUGUGUUCCUCUUCUGAAAUCUCUUGAGCUCUCCGAGAGAAUGAAGAUUGUAGAUGUUUUGGGAGCACAUGUGUUCAAAGAUGGAGAGCGCUUAAUAACGCAGGGGGAGGAGGCCGACUGUUUCUACAUUGUGGAAUCAGGAGAGGUGAAGAUAAUGAUAAAAAGCAAAACGAAGGCAGGCCAGCAGGAUAACAUAGAGGUCGAGGUGGCUCGCUGCUCUAGAGGGCAGUAUUUUGGGGAGCUGGCACUGGUCACCAACAAACCUCGUGCAGCAUCAGUUUACGCUGUGGGAGAAACCAAAUGUUUAGUAAUUGACAUCCAGGCUUUUGAGCGUUUGCUGGGACCCUGUAUGGACAUCAUGAAGAGGAACAUUUCCCAGUAUGAAGACCAGCUGGUGGCACUUUUUGGCUCCAGUGUAGAUUUAAAACACUAGGACAUGUAAUUUUAAAAUAAAGUAGUAUUUUAGCACUAAAAGAAACUCCCCCUUGAGGUAUAGGGCUGCACAAUAUGAGAAAAAUAAAUAAACAGAUAUUAAAGUGUAGGCUACUCAAUU